AUGACAGACACCAUAGAUCCGGAGGUUACUACCGAGAAUAUCGCCGAGCUACUUCAAAAUGACCGGAUGGUCAAGGUAGCCGGCGUUGAUGUCGAUGGAGUAUUGCGCGGCAAGCUGAUGAAGAAGUCAAAAUUUCUUUCUAUCGUAUCUGAGGGCUUUGGGUUCUGUUCUGUCAUCUUUGGCUGGGACCAACAUGACCAGACCUAUUACAAGGAGCUCUCAAUCAGUAACAAGGAGAACGGAUAUCGCGAUCUCGUGGCUGUGCCAGACCUGCGCAGCUUCCGUCGCAUCCCUUGGGAGAACAAUGUACCAUUCUUCCUGGUUAGCUUUCUUGACCCAGACACACGCCAGCCGGUCUGCGCGUGUCCUCGAGGCUUGUUGAAGACCGUUGCGGCAAAGCCCGAGGCUGCUGGAUACCGUGCCAUGGCAGGAGCGGAAUACGAAUUCUACCAGUUUCGCGCCCCCGGUGACCAUCCCACGCCUGAACGAGCCGCCUCUCAUACCGCCGCCUUCCUUCAAUCAAAUAAACCAGAAGCUCUGCCUGCCUUGACAGAAGGCAUGUUCGGCUACUCUAUCACUCGCCCUCUUCAUAACCAAGAUUAUUAUUACGGAAUUUUCGACGCAUGUGAGCAGUUCCGCUGCGAUAUCGAGGGAUGGCACACCGAGAGUGGACCAGGUGUCUUUGAAGCCGCAUUGCAAUUCGGUGAAGCCAAGGAUAUGGCCGACAAAGCAGGUCUAUUUAAAUAUGUUGUCAAGGCCUAUGGUAUUAAGCACGGUAUCACACCUUGUUUCAUGGCAAAACCCCGUCAAGGUCUUCCCGGAAACAGUGGACAUAUGCACAUAUCCCUCGUAGAUGCGAAUGGGAAGAAUGCCUUUAUUCGCGAUACCCCCGAUCCCAACCCUCCAUACCCAGAUGUUGCACACCUGUCAGAUCUAGGCCGCCAUUUCCUAGCGGGUCUACUGAUCGGAUUGCCCGAUAUUAUGCCUAUAUUUGCGCCCACGAUCAACUCCUAUAAGCGGCUUGUUGAGAACUUCUGGGCGCCCGUCACCGUGUCCUGGGGACUGGAGCACCGCGCCGCCUCUAUCCGCUUAAUCACACCACCAACCGCCAGUGCCAAGGCCACUCGCUUCGAGGUGCGUGUUCCAGGUGCUGACACGAACCCGCACUUUGUCCUUGCGGCAAUCUUGGCGCUAGGAUGGCGUGGUGUGGAGAAGAAGUUGGAGAUCCCGGUGCCGCCGCUAUCCAAGGGCGAAGAUAUGGGCGGAGCUAACGAUCAGGGUGUGCGAUUGGCAAAGAGUUUGAAAGAGGCAAUUGAGACAUUCAUGCGACCGGAUAGCAUGGCACGAGAGGUGUUUGGAGAUGAUUUUGUUAAUCAUUUUGGAGGAACGCGAGAGCAUGAAGUGCGAUUAUGGGAGGAAGCGGUGACUGACUGGGAGGUGAAAAGGUAUAUUGAGACAGUCUAG